AUGAGCGGAGCCGGCGGCGGUGGCGAAGGCGGCGGUGCGGGCUGCGGGUCCCCUGCCUCUUGGCGGGCGGGAUGGAGCCUGGUGGCCACGGCGGCUCUAUGCCUGGUCUCCUCUGCCUCCGUGCUGGCGACCGGGGCCGCGCCCAUGAGUAAGGAAGAGAAGCAGAGGCUCGGGAAUCAAGUGCUGGAAAUGUUUGAUCAUGCUUAUGGUAAUUAUAUGGAACAUGCUUACCCAGCUGACGAACUGAUGCCCUUAACCUGCCGGGGUCGUGUUAGAGGUCAGGAGCCAAGUCGUGGUGAUGUUGAUGAUGCAUUAGGAAAAUUUUCCCUGACACUGAUUGAUACUUUGGACACUCUUGUGGUAUUAAAUAAAACUAAAGAAUUUGAAGAGGCUGUGAGAAAAGUUGUAAGAGAUGUUAAUUUGGAUAACGACAUAGUUGUAUCAGUUUUUGAAACAAACAUCAGAGUCCUUGGGGGUCUUUUAGGUGGACAUUCAGUGGCUAUCAUGCUGAAGGAGAAAGGUGAACACAUGCAGUGGUACAAUGACGAACUUCUUCAAAUGGCCAAACAGUUGGGUUACAAGCUUUUACCUGCUUUCAAUACCACUAGUGGCCUUCCUUAUCCAAGAAUUAACUUAAAAUUUGGCAUGAGAAAACCAGAAGCUCGAACAGGCACAGAAACUGAUACCUGUACUGCAUGUGCAGGUACCUUGAUCCUUGAGUUUGCUGCUCUAAGUCGAUUCACAGGAACAUCAAUAUUUGAGGAAUCUGCACGGAAAGCUCUUGACUUUCUCUGGGAAAAAAGACAGCGCAGCAGUAAUUUAGUAGGAGUGACUAUUAAUAUUCAUACCGGAGACUGGGUACGCAAAGACAGUGGAGUUGGAGCAGGAAUUGAUUCAUACUAUGAAUAUUUAUUAAAAGCCUAUGUCUUACUUGGGGAUGACAGUUUUCUGGAAAGAUUUAACACACACUAUGAUGCCAUAAUGAGGUACAUUAGCCAGCCCCCUCUUCUGCUUGAUGUGCAUAUCCACAAACCAAUGUUAAAUGCUCGAACUUGGAUGGAUUCUUUGCUUGCCUUCUUUCCAGGACUGCAGGUUUUAAAGGGGGACAUUAGACCUGCUAUUGAAACUCAUGAAAUGUUAUAUCAGGUGAUAAAAAAGCACAAUUUUCUUCCAGAGGCUUUUACUACAGAUUUCAGAGUACACUGGGCUCAGCAUCCCUUACGGCCAGAAUUUGCAGAAAGUACCUACUUCUUAUAUAAAGCUACAGGGGAUCCUUACUACCUCGAAGUAGGGAAAACACUCAUUGAAAAUUUAAAUAAAUAUGCUAGAGUGCCUUGUGGGUUUGCUGCCAUGAAGGAUGUUCGUACUGGAAGUCAUGAGGAUAGAAUGGACUCUUUCUUCUUGGCUGAAAUGUUUAAAUAUCUUUACCUACUGUUUGCUGAUAAGGAAGAUAUUAUUUUUGACAUAGAAGAUUACAUUUUUACUACAGAAGCCCAUCUGUUACCUCUUUGGCUUUCUACUACAAAUCAAACAGUCUCUAAGAAAAACACAACAACAGAAUAUACAGAACUGGAUGACAGUAACUUUGAUUGGACAUGUCCAAAUACUCAGAUUCUCUUCCCAAAUGAUCCAAUGUAUGCCCAGAGUAUUCGUGAACCCUUGAAAAAUGUGGUGGAUAAAAGCUGUCCUAGAGGUGUUGUCAGAGUCAGAGAGGAGAGUUUUGGAAGUGGACCUAAGCCCCCACUGAGAGCCAGAGAUUUCAUGGCCAGUAAUCCUGAGCAUUUGGAAAUCUUAAAAAAGAUGGGAGUUAGUUUGAUUCAUCUCAAAGAUGGAAGAGUGCAAUUGGUCCAACAUGCAAUUCAGGCUGCAAGCUCACUUGAUGCUGAAGAUGGUUUGCGAUUCAUGCAAGAGAUGAUUGAGUUGUCUAGUCAGCAACAGAAAGAACAACAGUUGCCCCCUCGAGCUGUUCAGAUCGUUUCCCAUCCAUUUUUUGGAAGGGUGGUAUUGACUGCGGGGCCAGCACAGUUUGGUAUGGACCUGUCCAAACACAAAUCAGGGACAAGAGGAUUUGUUGCAAGCAGUAAACCAUACAAUGGCUGUUCAGAGAUUACUAACCCUGAGGUAGUAAUGGGGAAAAUUGCUUUGAUGCAAAGAGGCCAGUGUAUGUUUGCUGAAAAGGCUCGGAAUAUCCAAAAAGCUGGAGCAAUUGGUGGCAUUGUUAUUGAUGACAAUGAGGGGAGCAGUAGCGAUACUGCCCCUCUUUUCCAGAUGGCUGGUGAUGGAAAGAAUACAGAUGACAUUACAAUCCCCAUGCUAUUCUUAUUCAACAAAGAAGGAAAUAUUAUAUUGGAUGCAAUAAAGGAAUAUGAGGAGGUAGAAGUGCUUCUCUCUGAUAAAGCAAAAGAUCGAGCAACAAUAUUUAAAGGUAAAAUGCUUCCAAACUACAUUUUUGAUAGCAAUUUAGAAGUAGACAACACGGAACAAAAGUCUUCUGAAAAUGAUUCUGAGAAUCAAAAAUCGGAAAAGACUACAGGAGAUUCUCAGGACAUCGGUUUGGUCAGUCAGGAGUCUAUGGAAGAAAGUUCUCCCAUAUCUCAACCAGAAUCAGUAUCUCCUGCUGAUGUGGACAGAGCUAGCAUUUUGUCUUCCAAAGAAGAUUCCUGUCCCACUGAAAACCAUGAGACUACAAUCCAUGACAGUGAAUGUACAGAAUUAGAUAACCAGCCUCAAGAACAAUCAAAAACUGAGGAAGAGUCUAGCCCUAAUGUAAGCUGGGAUAAUAAAGUCCAGCCUAUGGAAUCCAUAUUAGCAGACUGGAAUGAAGAUAUAGAAGCAUUUGAAAUGAUGGAAAAAGAUGAACUAUGACUCACAAAAAAAAAUCUCCUGGUGGGUAUUUAAAAAGGAAAAAAAGGUGAACUUUGGUUAAGGUAGACCCUAAUGCAGAGGAAGGCUCUUUUGUGGGCGUUGUUAAAUAUGGUGAUGAGCAACCAGGUUCUGACUGGAUUAUUUAAAGAUCCUAGAAAUCCAGUGCAUGCUAUGUUAGGAUUGGCCUUGUUUAAAACUUUUUUUCCCAUUAGAAAGAAAUGGGAGCUUGUUUUCCCUUCCAAACAUGGCAGCUCUGCAACACAGUGAUAGCCUAGCUCUCAUUUUGGAAUAAGUAAUGGGCAUUCCUGGGCAUUGGGUUGACCCAGCCGCUGAAAGGGAGAAGCGUGAAUGCAUUCGGUUAAUGUAAUAGCCCUCGUUACUUCCUGACACCAGAGCUUUGGGAGGUCGAGAUCGGGUUGCCUUUUGAAAGCAAAGGCAGGUAAGUGCUAUGAGCAUUCAGGAUUGUGCUGCCUUACAUAUACCACUACAAUUGGUAGUUCGAUACAAAGCAAAUAUGUUUAUAGUAAGAACAUUUUUGCUCAUUAUAUCCACUUUUUUCUUUCAUCGACAAAUGAACAAGGUGACUUGGGUUCUUCUUAACAUUGCCCUCUUUACACAAACCAAAGGUGAAGCUAAUGUGCUUUCUCAGUGAAUUUCUCUGCAUGGAAGCUGAUCAGUGGGACCAGGCAAAAAAGGUCAUUAUAAUGUGCUGUGGAAAAUGGUUGCUUAGUACUCUUGGGAAACAGGGCCAAAAAAAAAAAAAAUACAGUUUUGCAAUACAAACUUCCUUUGGGGCCUGCCAUGGUAAAAACUUAAAAAGCUAUAACUACUCAGUAACACUAGAACGAUAGUGUUGUUCUCUGUUGUAGACUAGACCACAAGUCUUUUUUCAGUUCAUUUCCUCUCGAAGAUGUUACCUCUAAACAUCAUCAGCCUUAUAAUAAAUAUCUCACACUUUUAGUAUGCAAUUUGAGCCAUAAGGCCAGUAUCACCAACAACUGAAUCCAUUUUGUUCCAUUUGUCCAGCUUAUUAGAGCCAUGAUAAAACUAUGGUGGUGAUAUAUAAAUCCAGGGAUAACUGGUAUUUUUUUUUCUUUUGAAGGCUUUCUUUCUAAAGUUGCAAUUAGGGCUAUUCACCUUUUCUGUUGAAUCAUGUUUUUCUUAUAAAUAUUCCCUUGAGUGGGUACCAGAAAAUUUAUCUGUGGUCAUUUAUGAAGAAACUCAUACAAUAGCAACUAACAUGUACCUUAAUGAGAAAACUAUUUUGUGGCAAUCUAAUACUUGGCUACAUUUAAUAAGUUUUAAGUGUUUGGUUAAUUAACUUUUGAUUUCUGUAGACAUCUUGUUUAGCAGCAGAUCAUGGCUUCAUUUUGUAAUCCUUUCCAAACAUUUUUGAAUCAAUCUAAAAGCUUAUGAGAAAGGCUUGCACCACCCCCACCCUCAACCCCCACCCAGCACCUGCCUUUUAUCAUUUGGCAAAAUGACUUUUUCUUUAUGUACAGUUUUGUGGUACUGGUGAACUUUUAACGGUAUAUGCAGCUGUUAAUCGGAAUAGCUGUAUAGCAUUGUAGUUAUGUAUAUUCAUGUACAGCGUGACUUAGAUUCCAGAUAAAUGGUGUAUUCUUUUGUAAGGGGGGGAAGUAAUUGCUUUAAAAAAAUUCUAUGUAAACAUAAUUGAGGCAGGAGUAAAUGGAAUCUAAUACAAAUUUACUUUAAAGAGAAAUGGUUAGCAAAUAAGAUCUUGGUUGGCCCAUAAUUAAGUCUUACUCCAAAAUAGACUUUUUUCCGUAGUCUUUCUGCAUGUGAAGUUUGGUAUGUGAAGCUAAAGCUUCAUACCACAGAAGAAUGGAGGAUGUCUAAGUGCUCUGUCAAUAUUGAUUUCCAAACUGCCAAACUAGCUGAAGCUUAAUAAUACUUGACUUGCCUUGAUUUCAAGGCUGGGACUUGGUGAGGGGGAGCAGAUGGUCUUCCAGACUUUGGUUAUGAGAGCCUUAUAUGCAUUGCUUUCAUUUUUGUACCUUAGAGCCAUUACUUCCUGAGUCUAUGCUUUCCAAGUUAGAAAAACAAAGUAAAUUAUUUACAAAAUAAGAUCAAAGCCAGUGAGUGAGGGGUGAUGGAGCUCCAUGACUGAGCCCGGAGCAGAGGCAGCCACCAGAGGGACCUCUUUCUUGUACUUAAGGUUUGGGAAGGAACUUGUUCACUUGGUCUUGGAAGGAACUUGUUCACUCACUUAGGGAUUUGAGUCACUUAAAAGCAAAUAAAAACCCUGACAGAUUGAGCCGAUUCCUGGAAAUAAGGGCAACCGUUAAACUUCUCCUUAGGAUAGUAAGGAAGCGUUCACCUCCUGGAGCCCACUUGUGUCAUUGCCUAUAAUUUACCAGCAUUAGGAUUUAAACAAAUUCAACAUACUGCCACUAAGUAGUCUUUUAUUUCAGUGAGAAGAAACCCUAGCAGUAUCAAGUAAGGUUUUGGGGGUCAUACUCGUAUAUAUUAAUUGUUUCCUCUGGAUUUGGGAGACUUUUUUUUAAAAUCCUGAAUUUAGAAACAUCUGGUCUACCUCAGUUAAAUGUUGACUGCCUGGAGAGUGAGCUGAAGUGAUCACCAGAGCCAUAAAAGUAGUUUGACCAGGAAUCCGAAUUUGCACAAUGUUUACAAACCUGGAAUCAAGGAUUUAACCUGAAAAUUAAAGUUAGAUGGGAAGGAAAAGGGCAGGAAAUGAAAGGGGAUGGUUUUAUUCAGGUAUCUUCAAGUUUCAAAAGCUAAUGUUUACCUAAGAGAAAGGAAACAACUAGAGUCUAAGCCUGCUCACAACUGUUCUCUAAACCAUUAGCACCGAUCUUCAGGAUGUUUUCCUUGAAGCUUCCAAGUAUAAAAGAAUUGUAAUUUAUCAGAUGUGGUUGAGUGAAGGGUUUGCUGGGUAUAUGUUUAAUAGGCUCCCAAUGACAAUAUAGUUUUUAUCUCGGAACCGAUCAUUGUAACAUUUUCCUUACAAUACUGGAUCAGUUCAAAUGGGAGAGUUUUAAAAUUACUCUCUAACUUAAGUCUAUUCCUAUUCUCUUAAAGAUAUUUAUUGUCUACUUUUAUUUAUCAUUUUGUAACUGUUUUACAAUUGACAUUUGUUCUCCUACCAAACCCAAUGAUGUCCAACUCAGCAGAAAGCUCAGCAUUAGUCAAAUGUUGUUCAUAAUUUAGGGGGUGGGGGUGGAUAAGAAACCUAGUAAAUAUUCCAAUAGUUUGUUUUAUGCACAAGGCUUCAGUCAGAACAUAGAAAAAAAACAUUCUGUGAAUGAAAUAUUGUAUGUUCAGAUUUUAUAAAAGACAUUUUUAAAAGCCCAAUUUACAGCCGUAUAUUUUCUUAUAAAUGUAAUUUAUGAAAAAAGAUGUCUGUACUAACAGGUGCUGUAACACUACUGUUGGAUUUUACUGUUUGGUGAUAAAUGUAUAUCAUAUUUCUAAGGAAAACUGUGUACUGUGAUGUAAAAGUCUGGGCAGAAAUGUAUAUAAUCCUUGUAUAUAUAAUUGUGUAUUUGAUUAUAAUUGCCGAUUGUAAAGAUUUAAUAAAAUAUGUAAAUAUUCUAA